CUCCCACCUGAUCGGACACACAUUAACAAACACUCAGCACACUUCCCCUCUCACUUUUAACCAGUACAUGGAAAUGGAGGACCAAGUGGAAAGCCAGAAGAGACGAGGAAUAAGCAAAGACGAUUUAAUAUCUGAACGGACGGGGUCUUUGGGAUGCAUUGGUUGGGUCAUAGUCAUACUCUCUGGCAUCUUCACAACAUUACUCUUCCCCAUAACCAUCUGGUUUUGUCUGAAGAUUGUUCAGGAGUAUGAGCGUGCUGUCAUAUUCAGACUGGGCCGUAUUACAGACAGGAAGGCUAAAGGACCAGGAAUAUUCUUUGUUUUGCCUUGCACUGAUUCCUUUGUCAAAGUGGAUCUGCGAACAGUUUCAUUUGACAUCCCACCACAAGAGAUCCUGACCAAGGACUCAGUUACAGUUUCGGUGGACGGAGUGGUGUACUUCCGGGUCAGUGACCCUAUCGCCUCUGUGGCCAACGUGUCUAAUGCUGACUUCUCCACCCGUCUGCUGGCUCAAACCACCCUCAGAAAUGUCCUGGGGACUAAGAAUCUGGCUGAGCUCUUGUCUGACCGUGAGGGCAUCGCUCACAGCAUGCAGUUCAACCUGGAUGAAGCCACAGACAACUGGGGCAUCAAGGUGGAGCGUGUGGAGAUUAAAGAUGUGAAGCUGCCACAUCAGCUGCAGAGAGCCAUGGCUGCCGAAGCAGAGGCUUCACGAGAGGCCAGAGCCAAGGUGAUUGCAGCAGAGGGGGAGAUGAAUGCGUCUCGCGCCCUGAAGGAGGCGUCCCUCAUCAUCGCAGAGUCUCCGUCAGCCCUGCAGCUUCGCUACCUGCAGACUCUCAGCACCAUCGCCUCAGAGAAGAACUCCACCAUCAUCUUCCCGCUGCCCAUGGAUAUGUUGACUCCCUUCAUGCGAAAGUGACAUCUCAGUAUGCUCAUCAAAUUCACUGCCAAAUAUACUGUGGUUCCUUGCGUCCUUGCAUCCUUGUCAGGAUGCAAGAUAAUGUUAUUGUUGUAUGGUGGAUAUUUUAUUCAGACCGAUCAUAGAUCAUAGAAACACCUUUAUGUUUUAUAGUCAAGCUGUGAUCAGGCCCAGUCCUAGUAACCAAUGUGAUAUAGAUUAAAUUCAGAGUAGUCAUCAUAGUUUACAUGUUUAUGACUAAAUGUAUUAUGAAACUGGUAUAUGUUAUUACAACUAUAUAAUAGAUAGUGUCUCAUUAAUGAUAAUAUAUGAUGUAAUGUUGAUCAGAUGCAUAUUUUGAUACUGAAAUAAACAUAAUAUAUUACAAACGGACUGUUGAAGCUUUGCUCUGUCAUACUGCUUACAAAGUUUCUGUUGUCUUGACUUGUGAAUCCCUAAUAUGACAUCUGCGAUAUUAGUUUAUGUUUUUUUCCCAACUUUAAUGACAUAGAACUUGUUGGGCAUUUUAUUAAAAUUGGCCAUUGAACAGUAUUCUUACAGUAGAAACUUUACGGCUUACGGUCAAACGUUUAAAACAAGCAGACUGUGGCAAAAAGCACACUUCCUUACUCCUCAGUCUCUGAAGAUUUAUUAAGAUUUUAGAAAUAAAAGGUUAGAAAAGGAAAGAAUUUGUAAAAUAAAAGGUGUUUCUGAACAUAAGCAACAGGAUAUCUGAUGUCAAACAGGUUUGACCACACUUGAUGUUUUGAAUGAAGAGCAGGACUGAUCCGUAAAUAAAACAGACUUCUUGUGACUUU